AUGCCAUCAAGUAGUUCAGCUGAUCAUGAACUUCCUCGAAUGCCAAAAAUCUAUUUUCAAGUUUCUUCACAAGAUUCAUGGGGUCGUCAUCGAACAGAAGGAUAUACAUAUAUUGAUGUUCCAAGCUUUCCUGGAUUUUAUGAUGAAGAAUUAUCAUGUUGGCGACCACGUGGUGAUUCAAUAUUUAAUGAACUUCGACAAUUUUUUAUUGGUGGAUCAAAUGAACUUGAAGAUAUUAGUUAUAUUGCUAUUCCAAAACAAUUUCAAAGUGAAAAAAAUAAAAAUCCAUUGAGUCGUUUUGGUUUUCGUACAGUAUCAACAGGAACAUUAAACAUUCGACUUAAUGUUAUUUUUCAAUCAGAAGAAAUUGCUAUGGAAUAUGGUAAACAACGUGGUGCUCGUGAAAGACAUCAUUAUGGAUUUAAUGCAUUCAUGUCAAAUAUUAAUGCAACCCUUGAUGCAUAUGAACAUGCAAAACGACGUGCAUUAGAAGUACGAGAAUCAACAUUACAAUUACUUACACCAAAAGUACCUGCCUAUGAAUGA